UAAUUUAUGACUGUAGCCUGGCCCUAUUGUGGCUCGUGCAGUUGGCUCUAGUAUCGUUCUUUCCGCCCACUCCCUCUCUCCUGUAGGUUCCGCUUCCAGGAACGUUGAUUUCAAUGGUGAUGAAACUUUUGACGAGUUAAAAAUGUACCACUCGAUUUCUCAUGGUGAAUGUUCCAUAGAUUUGCGAAAGUUUUGAUCAGAUUCAUUCAGCGAUCGAGUUGAGUUCAAUGCAGAUGCUCAUCAAAUACAAGAGAGAGGACAUUCUACUUGGACUUCGAAGCAAUUUCUGAGCGUUUGUGUUCCGCUAGUGGUUGAAAAAGUGUACAAGCAGUAGUAGUCAUGAAUGUCAUGCUUUGUAGGCCACACAGGCCGUAUUUGGGUGUUAUAGCUUCCACUUCUUCUAUUCAUACUCCAAAUAGUAAAGAUUCUGAGAAAUUCCAUAAAUCGCACUCCGCGAAACCAUCUUUGUUAGCUUCCUCUCCUUCAGUCCUAUCCAAUUCUACAGAGGGGGAACCCAAAGGAGAAUCAAACCGCUCUGAUGUUUCUACGUCAUUCAAUAAGUCCUUGCCCUUGCCCUUGCCUAUUCGGUUGUCGCUUCCAAAAAUUCCUAGUCGAGAUAAGCUGCCUUCUCCUCUGAAGUUUCUGUGGUUCUACGAUCAGAGUAAGUUGGAGGAAGUUGUAGUAAAGGAAGAAAACGAAAAACGUAAUGGUAAUCCUUUAUCAUUGUCAUCCGCUCCCAGGCUGGGAGAAGUAGAUACAAAUGAAGGGUUGGAGAGUUUUGCAGAAGAUACUCGGUCUCAAGAGUUAAAGGAGGAAACCACUUUUAACAUUAGCGACAGAUUGAAGAGCUGGGUUCCAAGCAUAGUGAAUUUGGUCUACUUACGCAAGUAUGGCUUUGAUUUUCCAAAAAUUGGCGACGAAGAAGUUGAUGAUCAUGUACGGGUUCCUGGGCUACAUCCUGAAUGCGGAUGUGAGGUUUGCGGAGGUGAUCAUUAUUUGCAAUCGGAGCCCAAGCUGAAAAAAUCUGUAAUUGGUUUUGAGAUCCCUGUGGUACACGAUAAAGGCAGUUUUGGAGAAUUCUUGCAGCGCAUGGAAUAUUCUGACCUAAAGUUCUUUUCUAAAAUGUCGAACCUCUGCAAUCAGGCUUAUUAUAUUCCCGAAAUCAAGAAAGAAGAGCUUGCGAAGCUAUACGGGUUACAAUUUAUCACUUCUUCACUUGAAAGAAAAACCACUUCGGGGAAGGAAAAAACCUCUUUCGAAGACAAAGAGAUGGAGAAGGCCUUUGAUAGCAGUGAGGACCAUCUUCCUACAAGUAGCAGUAAAGUGAAAACAGAAAUUGGAAAGUUGAAUCCUGCAAAAUCCACUUACGCCAUGGCUGCUGCAGCCGCCUCGUACCUCGCUUCUCAGACCAAGUCUUUUCUUCCUUUUAAGAAAUCGGAUUCUGAGCAAGCAGUUCUGGAAGAAGAUGAUGAGCUCGAUGAUGUUGCCGAGGACUUCUAUACAUUUUCAGAAUGGGAAGAAUAUAUUGAAGAAAGUGCAGAAAAAGCUGCUAAGUUAUCAACAGACAAGGAAGUGCUUUCAGCAGAAACCAGUAAGAUAGGUACUUCAGAAGCGAGGGCCUUGAAAGACAGUUGUAAUAUGAAGCCUGAGAGUCUUGAAGACGAACUUUCUCCAGUUGCAGCAGCGGCAACUGCAACUAAGUUACUCACAUCUGAGGAAGAAACCAAAGACGCAGUUGCUGAAGUGUUGCAAUCUGACGCAUUCUGUCCAAGUGAGUGGUUUGUAUGUGACGAAGAAGAGACAAGUACAAGAUACUUCGUCAUCCAAGGGUCUGACUCUCUCGCGUCAUGGCAAGCGAAUUUGAUUUUUGAGUCGUGUACAUUUGAGGACCCUGAGUGGGGCGUAAUGGUGCAUAGAGGAAUGUAUGAAGCUGCUAAGGGGUUAUAUGAACAACUUACGCCCCUGAUUCAAGCUCAUAUGGUUAAACAUGGUAACGAUGCCAAAUUCUAUUUUACAGGUCAUUCUCUGGGAGGCAGUUUAUCAACUCUGUUGACUCUCAUGCUCCGCCAUCGGGGAGUACUUCCCCUAUCUGCAAUAUUACCAGUAUAUACCUUUGGUACAUGCGGUGUUAUGUGCGGAGGUGACUGGUUGCUUGAGCAUCUUGGUUUCCCUUUAAGCCACGUACAGUCAGUGGUGAUGCACUACGACCUUGUUCCUCGAGCCUUUGCUUGUCAUUACCCUGAUCAGGUUAUCGAAGUCCUGAAACGACUCAAUGGGACAUUUCGAAAACAACCGUGCCUUCAACAACAGAAAUUGAUGUAUGCGUGGAUGGGAAAGAUGUACAUAGUUCAACCAGACCAACAGCAAGCUCCUCAUCAUCCUCUUCUUCCACCUGGUGGUGCACUCUACGCAGUUCGGCAUCCAAAGCAUGAUAUCUACGAAGACACCAUCAAAGACCCUCACAGCCAGGCAAUGCGAUACGCAAAAGAAGUUCGUUCCGCUGAACGAAGUUUUCUGAAUUCUCCACAUCCUUUGGAGAUCCUCAGUGACCCUGCUUCUUAUGGCUCCGAAGGCACUAUUUCUCGAGAUCAUGACGCGGGUCAGUACCUCCUGGCGAUCAACACAGCGCUCAGGGAAGCGUUCAAAAGGUGGAGGCAGCAAGACAAGGACAAAGGCAGGCUUUGGAGCACUCCCAUAAAAAUUAAGAAACCGGGUAAGAGAUUAUUCAGAUCAUUUUCUUCUGAAAGAAAUAAGCUUCGACGGUCCGCCAGUUUCGUAGAAUUAGAAGCCCAUACGAUAAGAGGAGAUGUUGCCUCGGAUUCACAAACAGAACCAAUUAGUAGAUAGACAUGACCGAGUUAGACAAGCUUAUUUCAUAUUGAUAUUGUACAUGAUUGGUAAAUCUUCAAGGCCCUCGUGGGAAGAGGGAUGUUUCACCAGUCAACCAUUUGUAUUAUAUUGGCAAACCAAAACUGGAUUAUGUAAAUUAUUCCCAAUCAAUGGUAAUUUUGAGGUCACGUGAACUGUUUGUGGCUUCAAACCUUCUCUGGAUUCUAAGUUUUA